AUGAACACCGCUCUUCUGCUCCUGCUCGCUGCUGUGGCUGCUACCGACGCUGCAGUUCCUGUUGUCCCGACCGACCGCAUGGUCCAGUUUCUCCAAGAGAAGCCCGAUCUUGAGUCUGAGCUGAACGCGUGGAAGCAAAGUGAUGCUGGACAGUAUGCACAGCAAAAUGGCUUCGUUCCUGCUUCGUCCUCGAGAGAUGUCGCUGCUGCGGCAGACGAGGAACUGCGUCGUUUCUUCAUGACCAAAUUGAUGAUCGAGGAAGCUGAAGCGACGAACCCGGAGGCUGUUUUCUCCACUAACACGCCGUUUACACUCAUGACGGAGGACGAGUUUGUCAAGUUCAUCGGAGAGUCCUACCAGCGCGGAUCUGGGGCUCUCGCGGCCACCUCGUUCGUUGAUGCAGCGCCAUCCAACUCAACGGACCCUCUCAGUACUGACAAGGACUGGACCACAUCGGGAUGUGUUGUUCCAGUCAAGAACCAAGGUCAGUGUGGUUCAUGCUGGGCCUUCGCAGCCGUGGCUGCUCUUGAGAGCGCCAUCUGCCUCGCUGGACAGCCACUGACUCCUCUGUCUGAGCAACAAGUGGUGGACUGCGACAAGACUUCGUACGCUUGCCAGGGAGGCUUCCCUGGCGACGCGCUGGCCUACAUCCAACAAUCCGGUGGUGCUUGCACUGAAAAAGCCUACCCGUACGUGUCGGGAGACUCGGGCGACCGCGAUACUUGCAAGUCGUCCUGCACCCGUGAAGCUGUGACUAUCCGCGAGGUGGUGGCGGUUCCUGAGAGCGACGCUGGCUUGGUCCAAGCCAUCAGCACUCAACCUGUGGCUGUGGGCGUUGCGGCUGGAAACCCCACGUGGAAGCAGUACAAGGGCGGCAUCGUGUCCUCCUGCACGUCGUCGGAGCUCGAUCAUGCUGUGCUGGCUGUGGGCUACUCGCCGUCCUACUUCAAGAUCAAGAACUCGUGGAGCACGCAGUGGGGGGAGGAAGGCUACAUGCGACUCAAGCGCGGCGCCGGCACCAGCAGCUCUGGCACGUGCGGCAUCAUCGGCCCCAAGUCCGUCUACCCUCAACUGUAG